AUGGUGCUAUGUGUUGAGGCAAAUGCCUUGGCAUUUUGCAGAGGGCAGAAUGUCAAGCUGUCAGCUGAGGUAGAACCGUUUAUUCCUCAGAAGAAGGCUCCAGAAACACUAAUGAUCCCAAUGGCACUUCCUAAUGACAGCGGAGGAAUUAAUGGCAUGGAACCAAGUCCUAUCCCCAGCUACCUGAUCACUUGCUAUCCAUUCGUACAGGAAAACCAAUCCAAUAGACAGUUUCCAUUAUACAACAAUGACAUCAGAUGGCAGCAACCCAACCCAAAUCCUGCAGGACCAUACCUUGCUUAUCCUAUAAUAUCUGCGCAACCACCUGUUUCUCCUAUUCUGCACCCUUAAACAGCAAAUGCUGUGAAUACAGUUACUGCAGAAUGCACUGAGCGUCCCAACCCAUCAGGCCAGGUCUUUCCAUUAUCCAGUCAGCGGAGCAGAAGCAGUAACAGGGGACCAGUCAUACAAAAACAACAGCAGUUACAGACACACAUAAAAAAUAAACGUCCUCCAGUGAAAAAUGUCGCCACCCAAAAGGAGACUAGUUCAUCAGGUCCUGAGAACAGGUCAAAGAUUGUUUUGUUGGUGGAUGCAUCGCAACAAACAGACUUCCCUUCAGAUAUAGCUAAUAAGUCACUUUCUGAGAGCGCCUCUACAAUGCUUUGGAAAUCAAAAGGCAGGCGCAGAAGAGCAUCUCACCCUGCUGCAGAGUCCUCUAGUGAACAGGGCGCAAGUGAAGCGGACAUUGACAGUGACAGUGGCUAUUGUAGUCCUAAACAUGGCAAUAACCAGGCUGCAGCCAUGACUUCAAGAAAUACAGAUUCUUGUGCAAUGAAUGUUGUGGAACCAUCAAUAAAUACAAAGGGCACUUCUCUUUCAGCUGGUAUAAGUUGGGCUAAUGUAAAUUCCCAGGCAACUCAAAAAAAACCUUGGAUUGAAAAAACUCAGACGUCUUCUAGAGGUGGAAGACAAGCUGAGCAAAGAAAUAGUUCACAGUCUGGUUUCAGAUGCAGAGACCACAGCACAUCUUCAGAAAGAAGGCAGAAUUUGCAGAAACAACAUGAAAAACCUGUAACUAUAAGCCAGUCAAGUAGAACAGAGCAGAGUCCUGAACCUCUGUAUUUUGAGGAUGAAGAUGAAUUUCCAGAGCUAAAUAGUGACAAUGGCAGCAACAAAAGUAGUAACAUGCAACAAAAGAUUUCACCCAAAGUAUUGGAUGACUUACCAGAGAAUUCUCCAAUCAAUAUAGUCCAAACUCCAAUUCCCAUUACAACCUCUGUACCAAAGCGUGCAAAAAGUCAGAAGAAGAAAGCCUUGGCAGCAGCACUUGCAACAGCUCAAGAGUAUUCGGAGAUAAGCAUGGAACAGAAAAAGCUUCAAGAGGCUUUAUCAAAAGCAGCUGGAAAGAAAAGCAAGACCCCUGUUCAAUUAGAUUUGGGCGACAUGUUAGCAGCUCUUGAAAAGCAGCAGCAAGCAAUGAAAGCUCGUCAGAUAACCAACACCAGGCCUCUCUCAUACACAGUUGGCAGUGCUGCUCCUUUUCAUACCAAAGAAUCUGCCAACAGAAAGUCCUUAACAAAGGGACAGCCAUCUAUGGGGUGCCUUAAUCCUUUGGAUUCAACUGCCCCAAAAGUGAAAAGAGGAAAAGAGAGAGAGAUUGCAAAACUGAAACGCCCUACAGCGCUUAAAAAGAUUAUUUUGAAAGAGAGAGAAGAAAAGAAAGGACGUUUAUCAGCUGAUCAUAGCCUUUUGGGAUCUGAUGAACAGAGAGAGGUUCAUAUAAACUUGACUGCUGAUCACUCUCAGGAGCUGGUCUCUCAAGAAGAAACUGGAUUAAGUAUGCCUAGCGAUACUUCACUUUCACCAGCAAGUCAGAAUUCUCCAUACUGCAUGACCCCAGUGUCACAAGGUUCACCUGCUAGUUCUGGAAUAGGCAGUCCAAUGGCAUCUUCUGCAAUAACCAAAAUUCACAGCAAGAGAUUCAGAGAAUACUGUAACCAAGUUCUAAGUAAAGAAAUAGAUGAGUGUGUGACUCUCUUAUUGCAAGAGCUUGUCAGCUUCCAGGAACGGAUUUAUCAGAAGGAUCCCAUGAGAGCUAAAGCAAGGAGAAGACUUGUUAUGGGCUUGCGUGAGGUUACAAAGCAUAUGAAAUUAAACAAGAUCAAGUGUGUAAUCAUAUCUCCCAACUGCGAAAAAAUCCAGUCAAAAGGUGGACUAGAUGAGGCUCUAUAUAACGUAAUAGCCAUGGCUCGGGAACAAGAAAUUCCUUUUGUCUUUGCUCUUGGCCGUAAAGCUCUUGGCCGUUGUGUGAACAAGCUGGUUCCUGUUAGUGUAGUGGGUAUCUUCAACUACUCAGGUGCUGAGGACCUAUUUAAUAAGCUGGUAUCGUUGACUGAAGAGGCCAGAAAAGCAUACAGAGAUAUGGUUGCUGCAAUGGAACAGGAACAGGCCGAAGAAGCCUUGAAGAAUGUCAAGAAGGCACCCCAUCAUAUGGGUCAUUCUCGUAACCCCUCUGCAGCAAGUGCUAUCUCGUUCUGUAGUGUUAUUUCUGAACCCAUAUCUGAAGUGAAUGAGAAAGAGUAUGAAACAAACUGGAGAAAUAUGGUGGAAACAUCUGAUGGUUUAGAAACCUCUGAAAAUGAGAGAGAAUCCUCAUGUAAGACUGCAGUAUCAGAAAAAGCUGGUAAUGGUCAAAUUGAAAAAGCCACUCUUAAUAAACAACCACCUUUGGCUACAACUGGCACUACCUCAGCAACAAAUCAUGGAAAAUCCACAGCAGGUGACAAAGAUGAGGUGAAACCAGAUGACAAUCUGGAGUGGGCCUCACAGCAGAGUACAGAAACAGGAUCACUGGAUGGCAGCUGCCGAGAUCUUUUGAAUUCCUCCAUGACAAGUACCACCAGUACUCUUGUACCAGGAAUGCUGGAAGAGGAGGAGGAAGAGGAGGAAGAUGAUGAUGAGGAUUAUGCCCAUGAACCAAUUUCUGUAGAGGUUCAGCUUAACAGCAGAAUUGAAUCUUGGGUUUCAGAGACCCAGAGAACUAUGGAGACUCUGCAGCUUGGGAAGACCCUCAGUGGUGCUGAAGAAGACAAUGCAGAACAAAGUGAAGAGGAAGAAAUAGAGACUUCUGAGCAGGCUGAUCCAGUCGCUGAUGGUGAGGAAUGGACAAACGACAAGCACGCAAGUAACACUCAACUUAAACCCACCAUCUGCAGUUCUUUGAAUAAAGAACACGCAGAUUCCAUCUAUAUGCCGUAAAAAUAAGCAGGAACUCAGGAACUUUUUAGAAAUUAUAUUAAAACUAACUGUUGUAAAGGUUGCAGCCAUUAUUUCCUAUGCUUCAUCUCAACAUUUUGCACUGUUAAACAUUUAAUAUGUGUAUUUAAUUCACAACAAUAUUUUUGUAGCUGUCUGUUACUUGUUUGAUUUAAAAACUAGCUUAGCUUUUAAUCAGUAUCUAUUUCCCAGAAUAGAAACUGUGUGGAAAAUUUGUCAGUAAGUAUUCAUUUGAUCUUUUGUAAAAGGAAACAUCUUGUAACUGACCAGUUUUAAGCAAAAAUCUUUUAAGAUGUGACUGUAUAGCUCAUUUUCAAACAUUAAGACUGACAAAUUACCAAGACUUUGCAUUGAUGUUCUGCCAGGCAUGUCAGUGUAUUUGGCCGUGACUUUCUAGUUCUAUCUAGGAAUAAAAGUGACAUUUUGGUUCUCUUUGAAGAAAAGCUAGAAAAACCCAUUUGCAGUCUUAAUGAAAAGUACAUAGUAGAGAAAUCUGUGUGUGAUUCUCAUGCUGAGAUAGAUGCAGCUUUUUAGUUGGUCUUGGUGAAUGCAUCGUUAAAAAGCUGCUGAUAGUAGAGAUGGUUACAAUAAGCUGUAACAACUUUGAUUCCAGAAAAACUUUAAACCAGAGGGAUAUAAUUAAUGUUUUGGGGUUUUCUUUUUUAAAAGGUGGAAAUACUGCAUU